UUUAAUUGGUUUAUUGUUUGCCCCAGCAGUUUUAACGAGCAGAAACCACUCAAUAUAAUCAUUUUAAUCGAACCGAUUUGAGCAUAGCACUGCACUGCCCCUCAACGGCAAGACCAUGAAGAUCAUCCUACUGCUAUGUGUGUUGGUAACCCUCUCUGGAGCCAUCACAAGGAAACAAAGGAAACAACUGAAGGGACUCCGGGACCUCCUAACAAACCUCCCAAAUAAUGUGUUCGCUACUUGUAACAUAGCCUUCUUCUCCACCGUAGUGGACUACAAAACUGCCCAGGAGAACUGCAGGAACUUUGACAUCGGAGCAGGAGCAGUGAAGGGGAACCUUGUGACAAUUAACACAGAUGAGAAAAACGAAGAUCUUAAGAUGCUGCUAGAAAUGACAUAUCCAGAGGAUCAACAACCAGAAAGUGAAUGGACGAAAACUAAAUGGGUGUGGUCUGGGUUGAGGAAGGUGAAUAAUGUGGUUGGAUCACCCUACCAGGCAGUGGUCUACCUCAACGACGACUGGCAGUGGGCUAAUGGAUCAACACCCGGAAACUUUGCUAAAUGGGCACCAAAACAGCCAGAUCAGAAUGCACUGAAGUACCGCAAGAACGGUUGCGAUGAAAAGCCCAAAUGCUACCAGAACCAGAUGAGAAUCAACCACGAUGGAGAGUGGGACGACACCUAUAAGUUCAUGGAGCACCCCUACGCGUGUGACUACCAAGGAAAAUACAUCAUUUCCUCGAACAAGGUUAGUUGGGAGGAUGCCAAGCUGGCCUGUGACAAUGCUGGUCUGCAUUUAGCUAAGAUAAGGUCAGGUGGGGAGCUGAACGAGAUGAUGACAGCAAUGGACUAUUUCCUGGGUAAAAGAGAGGAAACUUUGAAAAGGUGGGACCCUGACAACUGGAUGUGGUUGGGAGGAAACGACAUCAAUGAGGAGAAGCAGUGGGUCUGGGAGGCCGAUGGUAAGAAGAUAGAGUGGGACAUCCCCUGGCAGAAGAAAGCUGGAAAUGACAAUUCCGAAAGGAAAAUGAAGGAGGGGCAGGAUGUAAUGGCUUUAUCAAGAUGGGGAAAAGUUGAUGAUUCCUACCGUCUUGGGGUAUAUCGACCAUUCGCUUGUCAAUGUCCGGACACUUAGAGGAAGCGCAAAAUCUAGAGAAGAAGUUUAAAAUUAUAAUGAUAUUUUUAUAAACAUGUUUUUUUUGCAAAAACAUUAUUAAUUUUUAGAGCAUUUCAGCAAGUUGUGUUAUUUCUUAGACUGCAGACCAAAAAGUAAAAAC